AUGGGCAGCUGUUGGACUGGAGGCAGUCAGUGGAAUGAGCUCCUCCUGGGCGUCGGAGGAGAAGAGGAGGAAAGAUUGAGGGAGUUGAAGGAAGAGGAUGUUCUGUGGGAUGAGAAAGAAACUGAUUGUAAUUUAGAAGAAAAUGGUGUGAGCAGCAAUAAUAAUGCAGGAGGGAAAUUAUCACAGUACCCAUAUCAAUCAGCAGCCAUUAAUGUCCCACACUCGACUCCAAAUAACAGAUCAGAAACAUUAUUACAAAAGGAGGAAAACCUGGUGCCCCCCCAUGAGUUUGUGGCUCACAACCAUCCAAACCUGUCUGUUGUUGAAGGCAAAGGCAUUGGGAGGACGCUGAAAGGACGAGAUCUCACCAAAGUGCGGUAUGCAGUGCUAAAAUGGACUGGAUUUUUAGAAUAG